AUGUCUCGACCGGAACUACCGCAUACCAUCACCUCUCAUCCAUAUCUGUCCAUAUUUCUCGGCUUGCCAGCGCACAACGAUGAGAAUCAAGGAGAUCAUCCGAUCUUUCAUCCAGGUGAAGAAUUGAUGGGUACAUUGCAGUUAGAAUGUACGGUCGCACAUACGAUAAGCCUGGGUAGGAUAGAAGUGGAAAUGGUAGGAAGAGAACAUGCGAGAACGAUGAACGAGGUGAUCCAAAAAACCUUCUGGCAGACCUCACUUGCCUUUCAAGGACCUGGACUACCAGUCUCCAACGCUUGCGACGAUAAUCCCUUGUCAUCGAGCCAUUCGGCUGCCGACCAUCCUGCUCGUAAAGGGUAUGUUCUCCUCUCUGCCAGACCUGAGUUGUUCUGUAUUGACCUUGGCGAUAGAAUUACGACAUUCCCAAUCAGGGUGGCCCUACCUGACACUCUGCCUACUUCAUUCAUCCACCCUACAGCUCUCACUUCAUACACCCUACAUGCCAUCGUGCAAAUUUCUGAGUUCCCAUCGACACGUUCCAUAUUGCAUACCUCUACGGAGAUAGACAUCUUGCCUAGAGUCGGCGAUGGCUUCGGAAAAUUGCCUUUGAACUCGAAAGAGGUUGUCAGCCAAGCCGUCUUGAACGAAGAGUGGGAAAACGAGGUAUUGGAGAUCAACGUGAGCAGUACGAAUGGAUGGGCAGUCGAGGGUUCGAGGGCAAGGCUUGAACUGAGAGUGAGGAAUGAAACUCGAUUACCAACUUUGUCGCCCACGCUAGAGAUCGUCCAGCGAGUCACUGUGCAGCAAAUUAAUGGACAAAUGGUUGACUUGGAUACCAUUUUGCUUGAACGGGUCUACUCAGACGGUUACAUUACCUCGCCUUUCAGCGAGAGCAAGUAUCAUGUCGACUUUAUCCUUCCAAAAGGGACACGAUCUAUUGCUCCUGCCGAUGGCUCAUCCUUUCGAGCCGGACCUUUCAUUCGGCUUGGAGUUCGUUUGGUCACAACAGAAGCGUUCAAUGCCGUCGUGGUUCUUCCCAUUCAUGUAUUCCAUCCGGCUUCCCUUUCUGCCGAUUUGUGGCUAAAGCACCAUUCGCUUCAAACGGAAUUACGAGGUGCAGCUUCGCCUAUACCUCCUAUACCUGUAACCCAGAAGAGAUGGUCUGCUCCGCUUCAAUCUGUAGUUACCGCGCUCACAUCCUCGACAUUCCCACGAAGUCCUGAUAAUCGUAUUUCUGCUGAACGUGUGUCUACGUUAGGUCAUCGACCGAAACUCCAGCAACAAAGGCAUAGUAUAUCUGGACUACCUACUAGAGCAGACACACACCCUUUCUCAGCCUAUCGACCACCCUAUCAUCCCCUGCCUGUACCACCUCGGAUCAACUAUGUUUAUCCUCAACCUGAUUGGAGCUUAUAUGCUGUCUCGGAAGAAGAAUCCCGAGCCACGAGGACGUCAAGACAUCUCAGAGAGACCAGUAAAAAUAGAGGAAGAAGUGUCAGUCCUCCUCUUACUCCUAUGCUCCAAAGUGAAGUGAGUCCGCCGAUUGCCAAAGCGGAGCAAACCUACACUCUAAGCCCAUCUCCCCGACGAGCUACUCCUUUGCACGGUCCUCGGGCACCUUCAGCUCCACGCCUCAACAUCAUCCCCGCCACCAUUCUGUCACCUAUCUCGCCGGAGAUCUUGUCACCGAAACCCAUUAUAUUCACCAACCCAGACUCGUACUUUGACGGUCAACAAGCCACCACGAGUCCCGAAAGCUCACCUAUUAAAGGUGGGAGUCAUAGAUGUAGCAAAGACACAGUGAAGAGCUUAGAGGCUAUGGUUGUGGAUGAUGGACCGAUGGUCGUAUAUGAAGCAGGGGAAAUACCGAGAAGGAGAUCAACUAGAAGAGGUAGUGACCACCGACGUUCGAUCUUAAAUCUGUUCGAAGAGGAAAAUAAGUCAAGUGAAGAUGGUUCCUUGGAGGGUGGGCUGUAUAGAGCGAGAGAACAUAGAAUAUGUGAUCAUCAUUCUGCCUCACUUGGGAGUGUGGAAGAGAUGCCUGAUACCAUACCCGAAUCGCAGAAGAUAUCUACGACUGGAUCGAAUAAUAUUGGUGUACUAGAUGAUAAAGAUAAUGCUGUAGAGUCGGCCACAGAAUCGAAAGCAACAUCCAAUAAAUCAACUGACCCCUUUAUCUCACCUGACCCCAACAAAUCUGCUCGUGGAGGCAGAGGAGGAAGGGUGACUUCCGCUCGUCAGCUAUUUGAAGAUCAAAGCAAGUCUUCUACAGGAAUAACUGUGGCAGAUAGGAAGAAAAGGUAUUCGUUACCUCCUGAGCUACUUCUUACCAGUUCACGGAAAGCUUCAACUGGGUCGGUGCAAAUCGGAUCGCCAAAGGAAGGCGUAUCUGCAGGACCAGAUGGAGUAUACUUGCAAGGUAGAAGAAGUAAGACUUCAGGUGAAGCUUCAGGUGCAGGUACAGGUGCAGCGGUUGGGAAAUUGAGAGGAUUGAUUGAGAGGUACGAGAGUGUAACUUCUGCGACCGCCAAGUGA